AUGCCGCUCUUCAAGUACCGCGUGAGGAAUGAGUACAGCUUGGCGGAUCCCGAGCUGUACCGUGCUGCCGACAAGGACGAUCCCGAAGCGCUUCUUGAAGCCGUCGCUAUGGCCGGUCUCGUCGGACUCUUGCGCCAGCUCGGCGAUCUCGCCGAGUUUGCGGCUGAGAUCUUCCAUGAUUUACAUGAAGAAGUAAUGGUUACUGCUGCAAGAGGCCAUGGUCUUAUGGCUCGUGUUAAGCAGCUUGAGGCUGAAGUUCCUUCUCUUGAGAAGGCUUUCUUUUCUCAAACUCAUCACUCACCAUUUUAUACUAAUGGAGGUAUUGAUUGGCAUCCCAAUCUAAGGACUGAACAAAAUCUUGUGACUCGGGGAGACUUACCUCGAUUUAUAAUGGAUUCAUAUGAAGAAUGUCGUGGUCCUCCAAGACUGUUCCUUCUGGAUAAGUAUGAGCUGAUUCAUCAGACGUUUGAUGUAGCAGGGGCUGGGGCAUGCCUAAAGCGUUAUACUGAUCCAUCAUUCUUUAAAAUAGAAUCAACUUCAUCUGUAAAUACUACAAUAGAAGUUCAGAGAGAGAAGAGAAUUCGUAAAGUCAAGCUGAAGAAAGGAGCACGGCCGAGGGAUGGUGAAGCUCCUAGUGUUGUACCAUCACAUUCAAAAUUACAUCAGCUUCUUCUUGAGGAGCGUAUUGAAAACGGUUAUAGUAAUCCUGCACGACUAGUGAAGUUGAAAAAAAGACAAAUGAAUGGACCCGCAGUUGAAGCAAGGGCUGGUCAGAGUUACAUGGAGAAAUUUCUGGAAACUCCCUCACCUGAUCAAAAAACAGUUUGUGAAACUUCAAUCUUGCCAUUGCAUGUGAAAUUGACAUCAGAUGAUACUAGUGAGGCUGGGAUUAAAGUUCUUGAAAUUAGUAGCAUUAGUCCUGUGAAAAAGUCAAAGGGAAACAAAAACACCUAUUCAUCCCCUGAUGAGCAGGAAUUAGAACUUAAACCAUUUUCAGAAAUGGAUGGUGGGACGGAUGAAGAUCAUGUGAAGGUGAAAGAACAAAUCUCAGCUGGUGUGACAGAUAAUAUGUCUUCUAAUCAUCGUAAGUUGCCUGAUGAAGCAGAAAUGGCUAUUGAUGAACGAAAGAAAAUAGAAGGCAGCUUAGAUGGGUAUCAUUCUGAUGAUUUGACUAGUGAAGUUGACAACUACAUGGAUGCUUUAACUACCAUGGACUCAGAAUUGGAAACAGACAAUGAGUAUAAACCUAAGAAUAGUUUCUUGAAUAUUCAAAAGGAAACAAAUACCAAUGAAAAAGAAGAACAUCAACUACAAGUUCAUUUUUCAGAUUCUCAAUCACUUGGGGACUCUUCAAUGUCUGAUGACAGCAGUUCUUUCAGACAAUAUAGAAAUGAAGAACAGAUUAAAGUACAAGCUAAGUCGUCAGACUCUCAAUCAACCGAAACAUCCUCUUCAUUAGACAAUAAUAGUUCACUCAGACAAGAUAGAAAUGGGCAGUAUAUAGAACCAGAAGCUCACCUCUCAGAUUAUCGAUCUGUUGGAAACUCUUCAACAUCAUAUGAAAAUGAUUUUUUCAUGAAGAACAGAUCCUAUGUACCUCACUCUGAUUUGUUAAGUGCCAUGGUUGAGAAUACACAAUCAGAACCUUUAUUAUUCACAAAUGCUAAGUAUUAUGAAUCGGUGGUUGAAGAUGCACCAUCCAACCAGCUUCCUCAAAAUGUUGAGUUUCAACGCACAGAUUGUGGGAGGUCUGUUAUGCAUGAUGAUGCACCUGUUAAUGAAGAAGAGAUUUCUGAUUUGGGGCAAGCCUGUUUCGAUAUGACGACUUCAGGACAGGGUUUGUGUUUUGAUAUUGGGUCCACCUCUCCAGUGAUCCUAACUGCAGGAACUCAAUCAGAUGGAACCUCAUCUGACCCUGUUGAACUUAAUUUAAUAUUAGAGGGUGAUGAUGCCGGCAGAACAAGAGAUGUUGAUGAUAAUGAUGAUGCAAGCAAAACAAGUGAUGAAGUUGCAGACAGAACAGGUCUUGUUGAAUCUGUUACUUCCAAAUCUGUUUCUCUCUCCCUAAUAAAAGACAAUGCUUGUCCCAUGGAUUCUUCUGAUAAAACAUCAUUAGAGAUAGACAACUUGGAUGUUGAUGAUUCAUUUAUUCACUCUGAUGAUUUGUUACAAGUUUCUAAUGAUUUAGAAUUUGCUCAUGAAGAUGAAUGCAAUUCUCAUUCUGAAAUAAAAAUGUUCCAACCAGGACCUACCAAUGAAAACACUUCCGAAAUUUUGGUUAAUAGAGGUAUUGAUUCACCGGAAGUGGAUCCUGUUUUCCCAUCCACAGAAGAACUAAAAGUGAAUUCAGAUGACUCAAAAGGUGAAGGUUGUACUACAGCAACCCAACUUAAUUCAGAGACUGCUGUUGUUAAGAUUCCUCCAAUGUGCUACUUUACUGGAGAGCUAUCCUUUGACACAAUUCAUAAUAGUACUCAGGAGGAACCAGGCUCAGGAAUAAUUGAAGUUUCAAAUUAUGAUCUGCCAUUGGAAGUUGACGAGGUACCAAUGGUGGUGCAUGAAGAUGAAAUAAAUGGAUCAACCUGCAGGGUCGAUCCAGUUGUAGGUGAUGGUCAUUUUAAACAUCCAUCUCCUGAUAAUCAUGUGAUGAUAAAUGAUCUGGCCAGUGAAAAUGUUCAGUCAGAAGAUCAAGCUGUAUAUUCUAUACCUUCUGUUGAUAGUGCUGAAAAUGAAAAUGGCGUGGGUGUCGUUACUUGUCAAGUUUCAAGUCAGAUUUCUACUUCAAGGGGUCUUUCAGAUUUGGAAGAACCUCUGUUGAAUUCUCAUUCUUAUAAAAUGGGCUUGAAAUCCAAUGAAGUGGAAUUCACGCAAAUUGCCAUGGACACAAAUGCAGAAAAGAAUGAGGAUCAAUUGGCACCAGUGAUCGAUGUAACGUCAUCUGAUGUAAUAAAUUCUCCGAUGAGUAAUAUUACAAAGUUGGAAGAAUCUCUUCCUACUUUUUCAGAUUCACAGAAGAAAGAGAUGGAAGUUGACGAUAAAGUUGCUGGAGAAUUUUUGACAGAACUAGAGGAACAGAAGAUAGUGGAUCAACCAGAAAGCGCUUCUGUGUAUGCACCAUUGAACCUGAAAACACCGGUUCCUUGUGAUCUUCCAGAUUCAGAAACAUGUAAUAUUCAAAAGUUCCAUAAUAGUGCAUUUGUUGAUGAUGCAGAAACGGUGCCUGAAUUUUCAGGGUUGGAUGCCCAGCAGUCAGAAUCAAUAUUUAAUGGCCAGCAUGAUCCAUUACUAAAUGGCAGAGAUAGUUUUUCAUCACCUUCUGGUAACCAGUUGGAACCUAAAAUUGAUUUAGAUCUGUACUCAAAAUCCCAAAUUGGUGAACAGGAUGCAGAAUAUCCACCCAGAGAUGAAAGAAACUUUGCCUCUAAGAAAUCUCAAUAUCAGCAGUUGCAGAUAUAUCAAUUAGAGCAAGAAAGCAAUCAUACUACUUCUGAAUGUGUAUCAGAAAUACGUGCAGAUGAGCCAUCACCGUUUUAUUCCUUGCCACAGUCAUUUAGCCAGAAUGCUGCAAAACAUGCCAUGGAUCCAUUGAUGCCUCUUCUUCCUAACCUCUUUCCAAAGGCAACUGAAAAUAAUCUUGAUGAGAUGCCACCUAUGCCACCUCUACCACCUAUGCAAUGGAGAAUGGGAAAGAUUCAACAUACUUCCCUAGCUUCACAAAGAGAAGAAUUAGAAGUAACUCAGGCCUCAGUUCAGCCAAUUAUGCCUGAUAAAAAAUUACUAUUUGGUCUGCCAACUUCUAAGAGAGAGACCUCGUUGUAUCAGAGUCCAUUUUUGCCUGUCAUGGCUGUGGAAAGUGAUAAGCUCCAACUUUCUUCUGGGUUUCCUGUUGGUGUUUCAGGGCAUCCUGUUGCUAUACCUUUUCAAUUUCCUAUCAUGGUUAAUGAAUCAAAAGGUCAAUAUAAUUACCUAUUGCUGGAUAGAAACCAAAUUCAGAAUCCCUUCUUAACAUUACCAGUGGCAUCUACAACAAUGCAUCCUCAUGAUCUUAUUGUUGCUCCUGAGGAAAAACUGAUGCAGCAUCAGUUAAUGGUGGAGACUACUUCAGAUGAUAAAUCACUUCAACAGAGUAUGACUAAUAUGGUAUCUAUGGACAGGCCUCCAAAUGGUCAUACAGUUGCUUCUGAGGGAGAAAUUGUACUGAAUUCAAACCCUUGCCCUACAGUUUCACCUGCUGAAUGUGCCAUUUCUGGACAUGAGUCCGUUUCACCUCAAGAAAAACUGCUUCAACCUCCAAAUCAAUUGAUGAUGGAGCCUAGUUCAGAUGAUAAAACACUUCAGCUGUCUGUUACUAAUGGUUUAUCUAUGGACAGUCCUCACAGUCACAUUGUUGCUUCUGAUGGAGAAAUGGAACGAAGUUGUAAUCAAGACCCAACAAUUCAACCUGUUGAAUGUGCUGUUCCAGGGCUUGGACAUGAUUCUAUCUCUUCUCAAGAAAACUCGAUUCAACCUCCUAGUCAAUUAAUGUCAGGAACUAGUUCUGAAGUUAACAUCAUUCAGGAGUCUAUCCGUAAUUUGGAAGGGGAACAAGGACGUUUGCCUAUCUCAUUCAAGCCUCCACCAAACAUGGAAAGGAUGGAGCCUAAUCAGAGUUUCCUGCCCUAUGAGGGGGGAGUCGCAACGUCCUCGGAUACACCUGAUCAUGCUUCAGAUAUUGAGAGUGAAAUGAUAAAUGGAAAACCAAAGAAUAAGCUUCCUCGUCCUCGAAAUCCUCUAAUUGAUGCUGUUGCGGCUCAUGACAAAAGCAAGCUUAGAAGGGUUACUGAACGGGUCAUGCCUCAAAUUGCACCGAAGGUAGAUGAAAGAGAUUCUUUACUAGAACAGAUAAGAACAAAGUCCUUCAACUUGAAGCCUGCUGUGACUACACGACCUAGCAUUCAAGGUCCAAAAACAAAUUUGAAGCUUGCAGCCAUCUUGGAGAAAGCAAAUGCAAUUCGCCAGGCUUUGGCUGGAAGUGAUGAAGAUGACGAUGCGGAUUGGAGCGAUUCUUGA